UAUAUCAGCCCCAGAGGCAGAGACUGCACUUUUAUUUCCUUCAAGCUGAACAAGUGAACACAACAGAGAAUAUUAGCCUUUUAAUACAAAAAUUAAUGUCUAGCCUGAAAGCCAUGUCACCUAUUUUACUGAACUGUGUGGGGACUGUCGCUGACCAUUCUGAAAAUAGCGAACCGGAGGUCCCUUUCAAGAACCCCCAAAUCCAUGUCAAGAACCCCCACUUGGAUACAAUGGAAGAGGACAUUCUCUAUCACUUCAACCUGGGUACCAAGACCCACAACCUGCCUGAGAUGUUUGGAGACAUCAAGUUUGUGUGCGUCGGCGGCAGUGCCAAUCGGAUGAAGUCCUUUGCCCAGUUCAUUCACCAGGAGCUGGCCUUGCCCGGAAACAUGGAUAAUAUCACAGAUAUCUGUGAAGGAACCGACCGCUACUCCAUGUACAAAGUGGGACCCGUACUUUCUAUCAGUCAUGGUAUGGGCGUCCCCUCCAUCUCCAUCAUGCUCCAUGAGCUCAUCAAGCUGCUGCAUCAUGCCCGCUGCAUCGAUUUUGUCCUCUUCCGCAUUGGCACCUCCGGUGGAGUUGGUCUGGAACCAGGAACAGUAGUGGUCACAGACAAGGCGGUGGACUGCUUCUUCCGCAACCAGUUUGAGCAGGUGGUUCUAGGUAAGGUGAUCACCAGGAGCACAGAGCUGGAUGUGGGCGUGUCCAAGGAGCUGCUGCAGUGCUCCUCUGAGUUAGAUGACGUGCCCACCGUCAUCGGAAACACCAUGUGCACCAGUGACUUCUACGAAGGUCAGGGUCGGCUGGAUGGAGCUCUCUGCUCCUUCUCCACUGAGGACAAGCUGGAGUACCUGAGGAAAGCCUAUAACACGGGAGUCAGGAAUAUUGAGAUGGAGUCCACCGUCUUCGCAGCCAUGUGUUGUGCCUGUGGCAUCAAAGCUGCUGUCGUCUGUGUGACUUUGUUGAACCGUUUCGAUGGGGACCAGAUCUCCACCCCUCAGGAUGUGCUAGUGGAGUACCAACAGAGACCUCAGGUUCUGGUGGCCCACUUCAUCAAGAAACGCCUGGGCCUCAUCGUCUAAGCUCCCUCCGAUCACCUCUGCUGCCCAUGGAGUGUAUAUAGCUAAGGUCCCGACUAAUAUGUGGAUAUACACUGAGUGUACAAAAUAUUUAGGAACUCCUUCGUAAUAUUGAGUUGCACCCCUUUUGCCCCUGACUGAAGUGGAAAUUAACAGGUGACAUCAAUAAGGGAUCAUAGCUUUCACCUGGUCAGUCUAUGUCAUGGAAAGAGCAGGUGUUCCUAAUGUUUUGUACACUCAGUGUAUGUAUAUAGUCAUGUUGAUAUGUGAUAAGAUAUUAUUUAAAGAGUUCUAAGACUACAUGAAGAUUUUACAGAUGUGUUGUAUCGUGUAUGAUUUGUUUAAUGAAGCUCAAAGAGUGGGCUCUUACGCAAUUGUGUGGUAUAUUUGUAUGGUAUUAGAUAUUGCGGUGCUUUUGACUACCUUGACUGUAUAGAUUAAAUUGUUGGUUUCUCUGUAACUACACUGAACAAAAAUAUAAACGCAACAUGUAAAGUG